UGUUGACUGCAUUAACACAGCUGCUGACUGAGCUGCUUUGAUACAAAUAACAAACACCAGCGCUUCUUCAUUUCUUUAAACUUCACCACUGCAGGACAUGACAUGCUCAUUAGCUGUCAGUGCAUGAAAUCACAUGGAGGUGCUCUUGCGCUCACAUGACAGUCAGAGCCAUGGCAGGAGAGAUCAAUGAAGGUGUUGUUCCCCUUUUAGGCUCAGUUCCUGCCUAUUACAGGGAAGUAUAUGAGGCCAUCCGCUGUAGGACAGAUGAGAGAGUGCAGGUUGAAGUUUUUCAGCGGUUGCUCCAAAGGACCGAUCUCUCCAAGACGGUUGUAGGCCAGAUUGCUGAGCAUGUUGACACCACAGAUGGAUUCCUGAGCAAGUUGUCACUUUAUAAAGCACUCGCCUUGAUUGCUCUUGCUCAGCAAGGAAAGCAACCAAGCCCCAAAUUGUUAGAGAAUUGCAUACAAGAGUUACCAAAACCUCAGCUCGGAGAGCCAAGUGACCUGAAAGCAUUAAGGAUGCAGCCGGCUCAGGAGGACGUUCUGACAAUGUCUCACACGCUGGACAAGCUGCUUCUCAGGGACACAGUCCAGGUUGAGCUCAUACCUGAGAAAAAGGGCCUGUUCCUCAAACAUGUGGAGUACCAGGUCACCAGCCAGCGUUAUAAAAUAUCAGUUUACCGGCGUUACAGUGAUUUUGAUGUCUUCCAUGAGGUUUUGCUUCAGAGAUUUGCCUACAGAGUUGUGCCGGCGCUGCCACCUAAGAGAAUGUUAAAGGGAGUCCUCACCUCCGUCUCUGAGCGUGACUUCAUUGAAGGGAGGAGACGUGCGCUUUGCAGAUUCAUUAACUUGGUGGCAAGGCACCCAUUCUUCUCAGAGGACGAGUUGGUCAAGACCUUCCUCACCUUCAGUGGCUCUGAUGUUCAGACUAAGCUGCGUGACGCUUACAAGAAAACGGGUGAUGAGUUCAUGACUAACAGAGUCGCAACCCUGGCGAAGGAAUAUCUCCCCGCUGACAUUCAAGCUCAGUUUUCGACAAGCAGAGAGCUGAUUAGAAAUAUUCACAACAGCUUUCAGAAGCUGCGGGACAGAGCUGAGAAAAUGGCAGAGCGCUCUAAGGAGAAUGCAACUGAUCUUCUCAUGUUUGGCAGAGAGCUCAGUACGCUGGGCUCAGAUGCUUCGUCUCUUCCCUCCUUGGCCUCUUCACAAAGCACCUGGGGGACCCUGCGUCAAUCUCUGAAGAGUCUGUCUGUGGAGUUCGCCGUGCUGUCUGACAAAGCUGCUCAGCAGGGCAGACGGGAAGAGGAUGAUGUUGUGGAAAAACUGAAUCUUUUCCUGGAUUUGCUGCAGUCGUACAGAGAUCUCUGUGAGCGCCAUGAGAAAGGCGUGCUCCACGAGCACCAGAGAGCUCUGCACAAGUACGGUAUGAUGAAGAGGCAGAUGAUGAGCGCCACAGUGCAGCCCAAAGAGCAGGCAUCUGUGGAGCAGCUGGAGUCACGAAUUGUUCAGCAAGAGAACGCCAUUCAGACCAUGGAGCUGCGUAACUACUUCUCCCUGUUCUGCCUUCAUCAAGAGACACAGCUCAUCUUCAUCUACCUUCCAAUCACAUCCCACAUUCUGGGGGCUUUCGUUAACUCCCAGGUCCAAGGACACAGAGAGAUGGGAGCGGUGUGGAAUGAACUCCAGCCAAAGCUGGGAUGUCUCUUUGGCGGCAAUAACGGGUUGAAGCCCCCCAUCUGAAGCCUGAAUACUGGAGGUGCAGGAGAGAAACACAGCCACUGAUGAAGAUCACAAACUGGAAAAUAACUUGCUCUGUGAGCUAAAGAAAAA